AUGUCAGGCCGUGGUAAAGGAGGUAAAGCAAAAUCAUCAGGAAAGGCAAAAACUCGUUCGUCGAGGGCCGGACUGCAAUUCCCAGUGGGAAGAAUCCAUCGUCUUUUGCGAAAAGGCAACUACGCUGAACGAGUUGGAGCCGGUGCACCAGUCUACUUGGCUGCAGUGUUGGAGUAUUUGGCAGCUGAGGUGCUCGAGUUGGCAGGCAAUGCAGCCCGAGACAACAAGAAGACUCGUAUCAACCCAAGACAUCUUCAGUUGGCCGUCCGCAACGAUGAGGAAUUGAACAAGCUGUUAGCUGGUGUAACGAUCGCUCAGGGUGGUGUUCUACCAAAUAUCCAAGCUGUUCUCCUGCCUAAGAAAACCGCUGAGAAGGCAUAA